GUGCAGCCACUUUAUUGCAUCCUACGUUACAUCUUUCUUCACCAUUCUUCUCUAACCAACACUUACUAUUAUCCCAUGUUCUUGCAACUUUUGUCUUUAUUUUUUUGGUUUCCAACUCCAAAAACACACAGAAGCCAUUACGAAAAUCGCCAUAAAGAAAACUGGGAUUCAAUCAAAAACCGUUCUUGACAAUUUGUAGAUGGAGAUAGAUGAGUGCUUCUUCGUUUUCUCUCUUUUGCCUUGUUAUUCAAUACAUAUAUCUGAAAAGGGCUCUGUAUGAAAUUGUCUGAAAAGGGCUUUGGUCCAGCAAUGAGCUGUAAAAUCCAGAGGCUUAUAUGGUUCAUCAUAUUUUCUUGUACCAUAAUCACAGUUCAUUCAGAAGAAAACAACGCAACCUCAGCUGCAAAUGCUGAUUCUUUUGUCUUGGCCUGUGGUGCAACAGCUGAUGCCACUGAUUCCAAUGGCAGAAAAUGGGCUUCAGAUGCCAAAUUCCUCAUAUCUCCAAACAGUUCUCUAUCAGCCACAGCUCAAUCCCAAGACCCUUCUCUCCCCUCCACAGUUCCCUACAUGACAGCAAGAAUUUUCAAAUCCGAGGCAACGUAUAAAUUCUCAGUUUCUCCCAACUUUCGUCACUGGAUUAGGCUUCAUUUUUACCCAUCUUUUUAUGAUAAUUUUGAUACGUUGAGAUCGUUUUUCUCAGUUACCGCUGGUGGCUUCACGCUUCUUAACAAUUUCAGUGCCUCCAUCACUGCGGAAGCGCUCACUCAGUCUUACAUCAUUAGAGAAUUCUCCAUGAAUAUGCUAGAAUCUGGCAUCCUUAAUCUCACUUUCACACCUUCCGCGUCAUAUAAUAACGCUUUUGCUUUCGUCAAUGGGAUUGAGAUAAUCUCAAUGCCAGAAAUCUUCCAGUCAGUGCGUAUGGUUGGAUUUUCAGACCAAAACAUGGAUGCAGCUACCUAUACAAUGCAGACGAUGGUUAGGCUGAAGUUUAAGCCGGACGUGGUAUGAUGAUUCCCCUUAUAUAUAUGGAGCUGGUUUUGGGGUGACCUCACAGGCUGACAAGAAUGUAACGAUUGCAUAUCCUCCUAAAGCGUCAAAAGAUAUUGCUCCGUUAGACGUUUAUAGAACAUCAAGAAGCAUGGGGCCUACUGCAGCAGUUAACCAAAAUUAUAACCUCACUUGGAUUUUUCAGAUGGAUGUUAAUUUCACUUAUCUUGUGAGGCUUCAUUUCUGUGACUACAAUUUUGAAAAGGUGAAUCAGAUGGUGUUCAGCAUUUUUAUUAACAACCAGACAGCAGAGCCAGAUGCCGAUGUGAUAGCUUGGUCUGGAGGAAAAGGAGUGCCCAUGCACAAGGAUUAUGCAACAUAUGUAAAUGGUAGAACCGGUGAUGAUCAACUAUGGGUGGCUUUGCAUCCUAAUGUGGAAGCAAAACCUGAAUACUAUAAUGCAAUCCUUAACGGACUUGAGGUCUUUAAGUUAAACGAUCCAAAGAGGAACUUAGCAGGCCCGAAUCCCGAGCCAUCAGAGAUGAAAGCUGAGGUUGAGAAUGAGCGGGGAAGUUUUACUUCUCCAUCAAAAUCGAGCAAGAUUGGCAUAAUCGUAGGUUGUAUUUUAGGCUCGCUGGCUAGUUGUGGUCUAGUUGUUGGACUCAUUGUUUUUCUCAAUAACAGAAUGAGAAGGGACAAGACACAUAUGUCUUCCAGUGGUGGUGCAUGGCUGCCAAUCUAUGGAAGUUCUCAUUCCUCAGGGAUGAACACGACGAGCAAGAGUACUAGUGGAAGCAGCCGAAUCUCAAAUCUUGCUGGAGGGCUCUGCAGGCAUUUCUCCUUAGCCGAGAUAAGACAAGGAACCAAUGGUUUUAGUGAGUCUCGUGUUAUAGGGGUAGGGGGAUUUGGGAAGGUUUACAAAGGAGUCAUCGAUGGAAAGACAACGGUUGCUGUCAAGAGAGCCAAUCCCUCCUCUGAACAAGGUAUUCACGAAUUCCUAAACGAAAUAGAGUUGCUCUCUAAACUAAGACACCGGCAUUUAGUCUCUCUGAUUGGUGCUUGUGAAGAAAACAAUGAGAUGAUACUGGUUUAUGAUUAUAUGGGCAACGGGACUUUGCGCGAGCAUCUUUACAAGAACGCAAAUCCCCCGAUAUCAUGGGAACAGAGAUUGGGCAUUUGCAUUGGUGCUUCAAGAGGGAUUCACUAUCUCCACACAGGUGCAAAGUAUACAAUCAUUCAUAGGGAUGUAAAAAGCACAAACAUUCUGUUGGAUGAUAAAUGGGUAGCUAAAGUUUCUGACUUUGGGCUCUCGAAAACAGGCCAUAAUCUCAAUCAAACGCAUGUCAGCACAGUUGUGAAAGGAAGUUUUGGGUACUUGGAUCCUGAGUACUUCCGAAGGCAGCAGCUGACGGAUAAAUCCGAUGUGUAUUCCUUUGGAGUUGUACUCUUUGAAGUACUGUGUGGAAGGCCAGCCCUUAAUCCCAAUCUGCCAAAAGAUCAAGUAAGCUUAGCAGAUUGGGCAAUGCUAAAUCAUAGGAGGGGUACUUUGGGGGAGAUUCUUGAUCCAAACAUCAAAGGAGAAAUCAGUGCUGAAUGCUUGAAACACUUUUCAGAAACAGCAGUCAAAUGUUUAUCUGAUCAUGGGACUGAUCGUCCAACGAUCGGGGAAGUUCUUUGGAACCUUGAAUACUGUCUCCAAUUGCAAACCAACCCUGAUGGAGCGAAAAUGGUGGCAAAGCAGAAAGCCAACAACGCUUGUGCUAACUAUGGAACAUUGUUAAGCAUUGAGGAGGAGAAGGAGAAAGCAUGUCAGGAGUUUGAGAAGCACAGUGCAAAUACAGAGGCAGACAAUCCACAUGGGAGAUGAAUGAGAUUACGAAUCAGUCGAUUCUUGAUUACAUGUUUCGUUUGCGUUCAAGCAGAGUUUCAGAUCCGUGAUUUAGAGGCUUGAACCACACAGUUAGAGGUUGAGGAACUUUUUUCAGCUCAGAGUGUAUGUUUUUCUUUUUCCUAUUUGUGUGUCUGUGUUUUCAUCAUAAAUUCAUACACUUAGCUUCUCCGUGUGAGUUGAACUGGAUUGAAAUGUCAAUAUACACUGUGUCCUGCCAUUUCAGAACCUCUAA